AUGGCAAAACGCAAGAGAGACGAAGCUGCUAAGGAAUCACAACCCUCAAAACUUACCAAAUCUUCAAAGGAGACAGAAUCAGUGUCAUCCGAACACAAUGCCGCCGCCAUCACCCUUCAGAUAGUCACUGGCUCGUAUGAGCGAGUGCUACAUGGAUUCACGGCAUCCAUCUCCUCAGCCUGCUUUGCGGCAGGCGAAAGCAAACAGCCUUCAGACGGUUCUUCUCAUGUUCAAUUUGUGGAUACUUUCUUAUUUGAGGCACAUUCCUCUGCAAUUAAAUGCUUAGCUUUGUCCCCGCCGCCCAAGGCAAAUUCUACUGAGCCUCCGAAGGUCAUCCUGGCUAGCGGUGGUAGUGAUGAGCGCGUCAAUCUUUAUACACUUUCCGCGGUCCCUCCAACAGUGAAUGAGCAUUAUCCAACUGUACCCACGCUCGCGGGAAACAAAAUCCUCGAGAAUCCUAAAAACAAAGAGCUUGGAGCAUUGCUACACCAUUCGGCUCCCAUUACCGCUCUCAGUUUCCCAACACGGUCGAAAUUGUUGGCGUCUGCGGAGGACAAUACGAUCUCUGUUAACAGAACUCGAGAUCUGUCCGUUGUUUCCAACAUCAAAGCCCCGCAUCCAAAGGUCCAAGGCAGACCCAGUGGUGACACCGCGCCUCCCGGGGGCUCUCCAUCCGGCGUCAACGACUUUGCUGUGCACCCUAGUAUGAAACUCAUGCUGAGUGUUGGAAAAGGAGAGAAGUGCAUGCGACUCUGGAACUUGGUCACGGGUAAGAAAGCCGGGGUGCUGAACUUCAACAGAGAGAUUCUACAAGGCGUCAAGGAAGGCAGGUGGAGCACUGGGGAAGGGAGAAAGAUUGUAUGGAACACAAAGGGAGAGGAGUUUGCAGUAGCAUUCGAAUGGGGCGCGGUACUGUUUGGAGUUGACUCGACGCCGAUUUGCAGGAUAUUCCCUAGUCCUAGAAGCAAGCUACAUGAAAUAAAAUACGUUUCGGUUGGCUCAGGGGACGAUGAUGAAUUGAUCGCCGUCUCGACGGAAGAUGGGAGGGUCAUCUUCUAUUCAACCAAAAAUUUACGAACCCCAGACGAGGGUGAUGAAUCGCCCAUUCCGUACGCCGAGCCAGUUGCUCAACUCGGAGGAAAAUCUCAAGGUUUCCCAGGAAGAGUGAAAGAUUUUGAUUUCCUAAACCUGGAAGGGCAGUCAGGUGCCAAAAGUGAUGACCUUGUGGUCGUUACGGCAAAUAGCGAGGGUAUCGUUCGUGUUUGGCGAUUGCUCGGAUCCAAGUUGCGCGAUGCUGUUGCAAAGCAGUCCAGCGAUGCAAAGGAUAUUCAAAUAGGGAGUCUUCUGGGCUCUUAUGAAACAGGAAACCGAAUUACUUGCAUGAAGGCAUUCGUCAUGAUGCCGGAGGAAGAUCCAACUUCCGACGAUUUUGAGUCGUUUGGAGAGGAAAGUGAAGAGGAGUCUAGCAGUGAGGGCAGUGAUGAUGAAUAG